GUUAGCUGUCGAGCUCACAAUCGUACGAUAGUUUACCCUAACCCGUGUCAUGUAGAUCUAUCUAGAUCUAAAACCUAUAUUUUAUAUAGAUCUAUAGGUCUAGGCAUUCGCAAUGCCAAAAAUAAUUGUUAGAAAACAAGUAGUCAUCAUUAGUUUUUUUAGUUGAGUCUAGAGACUAGAUAGGUUCUAUCUAAAUCAUACUACUCAUACUACUCAUAGUUAUCAUAGUAAUAUAGAAUAUUAAUUCAAUAUAGUUUAUAUAGAAUAAAGGCUACUAUCCCUAUUGUCUAUUACUAUAAAUUAUAAUAAUAGCUUAAAUAGCUAUAGACUAUAGUCUAUAAGUCUAUACUAUCUAGAAUUUAUAUUAAUAGUAUUUUAUUUAUACUUUAUAGUCAAGAUUUAGAAUCUAGACUGAUCUAGAUUAGAGUAAAUUAGCCAGCCAGGAGUCUAGUUUAUAGUCACUAGAUUGGUAGAUGCUAGAUCUAGUCUAGUUGUACAUACUUAUACAUAGAUCUAGAUCUAACAAAGUUACAAAGGAACAUUCUUAAACUGUCAUAACAUAACUGUCUUAAAAAUCAUCAUGAUCAAAUGUAUAUUGCUCAGUGAAUUCCAUCACACACAAGGUCCUAAAAUUAGUCACCAGAAUGAUUGAAAUUCCUCAGACUCUUGUACCUCGUUAUGCUGACAACAUUUGUGUGACCAAACAAAAAGGUUCCCCAAGAACAUGUUUCAAAGGAAAUGUUCGAUGCUAUCCAACAGUAUAUUAUUACUAAACCAGAACUUCAAAACAGAAUCAUUACUUUGACAAGCUUUGGCUGUAAGUUUGUUGGCUGCCCUGUCUGUAUUGACAACUCCAAAUAUCAACGCAAUGCAUUUAUCUUCAACAUUUGCUUUGUGUUCAAUGAAGGCUCCAGCUCCACACCCUACUGUUCAGUAGUGAAGAAACUGGCCAGCUAUUUAACACAACUUGAGGAUGAGCACGCCUUUCUAUCAAACCCAGAAAAUACAGAGAAAGUGUCACAGUUUUUAAAACAAGUUCACACUGAUCUAAACACUGAAGGAUAUUGCAGUAUAAAUAUGGGUACAUCAUGUAUUGUUCACCUGAAACGUGCAGCAGUAACCAGAGGGCCCAUAACUGUACAAGACCAUGAUGUCCCAGUGCUGAUAAAACCAAGAGAUGUUGUGAUGAAGCAUCAGUGGGACCUGACUACUCAGCAGAUACUUCAUUAUGUUGAUGGUGUGUCUCAUGUUUUAAAGAUUGCAGCAGAAGCUGAUGUUGAGUUGAAUCUAGUCAAGGCAGACCUACAGAAUCUUUUAUAUUAUAAAUUAUUGGCACUUGUUCCUAUUUUUCAGUAUUCCAAUGUUUACACUGUGACAAGAGAUAUUAAUACAUUUAUGGAAGAUGAAAGGUUGCAACUAGAAUGUAUAGAUUUUGUGGCUAAGUCAGAACGUGCUCUUCCUGACUAUGUUGAUAUAUUUUCUUUGUACUGCUCAUUUACCCAUGGAACUACUGUAAAGGACAUAUGUACUAGACAGAUGAAUCCACACAUUAUGAAGGUUAAUGAGAGAAAGCUUGUGCUGUUUGGUGUCAUGAAAGGUCUCAUCAGACGUGUUCAUAAAUUUCCUAUUGCUUUAAAACCAUCGGCUGUUUCUAGCAAACUGCAGCCCAUCGUACGAUUCCUGGAUGGCAAGCACAAUUUUGACCAAAUUUGUGCACUGACUGGCUUGAGUCAUCAUGAACUUGAUGAGAGAUGUGAAGCAGAUGAAAGUAUUGUAGUUUGUUGCAAGUGAUUCACAUGACAUUGAAAAAAAAAAAAAAAGGAUUUUAUCUUGGAAAUUUAGUUAUAGAAGAUACAGAAAUGGAUAAAUAUACAGGGGUUUUUUAUUAAAUGGGAACUUCAAUUUUAUUUUUUUUUACAAUCUAGCAAUUACCAAACAAUGAUUGUUGUUCUUUGGUUAUUAUUAUCAAAUUUGUUUACUUUUUAAGAGCAAAUUGAUAAACAAUAAUAAAAAAUAAAAAUAUUUUAAAAUCAUUUGUUAUUGUUAGAAGAAUUACCAAUGCUGUAAAAAUAAAACUGUGAUUUGAACCUUCAGUCCCUAAUAUGCAAACAUCCCCAAACUUAAGAUUAGCUCUGAUAUUUUUUGUCUUUUUAAAAUACCAUACUUAUUUUUUCUACUGUUGAUUGUAAAAUUCAUUUGGUAUAAUUGUACCAUUGACAAAGUAGAAUGUAACUUGAACCUGGAGUUGAUCUUGAAUGCAACAAUUGGUUGUGUACCUUGUGGCUGACAUUGUCUGGCACUAUGUGCUAAGGAUUUAGCUAACAGAAACAAAAUUGUACAUGUAAAACAUUACAAGUAUGAAUGUUAAUUUUGACUGGAUGUUUAUGAACGUCAAUUGCUGACAGAAUAACCUUUUGAUGUAAUAAAAUCAUAUAAUAUACA